AUGUCUUCCACUGUGGACUUCCACUCUUCCUUUACAACUCUGGAUUCCUUCGACUUCACUGAUCACCCGUUAAAGGCCUUGGAGACCUCGGGUUCAUCACAGACUGUUCCAUUUCGGAACGGUCUGCCCACCCCUCCUAACGACAUGACUGGCAUCACUUAUAAUGCUAUGCCGCCGAUGGCCUAUGGAGGGAAAACGAAUGGGAUGCCUGCUCACAUUUACGGCCACUCACGCCCUCAGUUCGAUUCGAUUUCGUCUUCGAUGGUGGCUACUAUGAAACCGCAAAGUCAUCCCGCACCGAACAAAGAAGCCCCGGCCUCCGAACCUGUUGCUCAGAAAAAAUCGACCAGCUCUAGAGAAUCACAGCUCCGGAUCCCUUCAUCUGUCAACAAUAGCAAGGGCAGUUUGGCUGAAUUUGCUGCUCAGAUGACAUGUCUGUUUUGGUUCGAAAAAACCUCGAAACUACAAGCCAUCGAAGAUUGCCAGCAUCCAGUACCGUCACUUGUCGCUGAAGCAAUUCCCACCGUCGGAUUUCAAAAAUGGGUCGCUACGAUUCUCUCCACAACGCAAGUCAGCCAAAAUGUCAUCCUUCUGGCGCUACUUUUUAUCUACCGACUCAAGAAGUUCAACUCCGGUGUCAAGGGAAAGAAGGGUAGUGAAUUCCGGUUGAUGACAGUUGCGCUCAUGCUUGGCAAUAAAUUUCUCGACGAUAACACCUACACCAAUAAGACGUGGGCUGAGGUAUCGGGCAUUGCAGUGCAUGAGAUUCACAUUAUGGAGGUCGAAUUUUUGAGCAACAUCCGCUAUGAUCUAUUCUCUUCCGAGGCCGCAUGGUCGCGGUGGCACACCAAGCUGGGCCUCUUCGCCGAGUACUUCAACCAAGCCUCAAUGCUACCGGUCGAGUCCCCCGCCGUGCUUGGAGUAUCGCCUCCCCGUGUGCAGUCACAGUCGCCAUCUUCCAAAUUGCCGUCGCCUACGUCCGACUUCCGAACCCAGUCACAGCCCAACUGGUACAUGCCUCUAAACGGAUUGCCGCCAUACUCGCUGCCACCACAAUCGCUGAGCGGCGAAAUCACCAUGGGAGGCUCGCGAAAGCGGAGUCGCGAUGAAAAUGAAGACCUUCACCCAAUCAAGCGGACUGCAUUGUCGUCUGCCACCUCUGCUCCUUCGAUGACGGUCCCGGUGACCUCGAUGAAUGCGAUGCCCACCCUGCCACCCGUUUUGACUCCAACUUCUGCCCCGGUGGUCCCAAUGACCAGCAAUAUUUCUCGUCUCCCGCCUCCUCAUCAAUCGGCUCACAUCUCCAACGCCUACUCUACGCCUCAAUCACUACCUCCCUCUGGGCCUUCUCACCUUCCGGCUAUUAUCCCCCCAAUCUACAACCGGCCCCAAAAUUGGCAGCAAAUGCCCCCACUUUCCGUUCCCCCUAUGCAGUCUGGCAUGUACAAUGCGCCUUCGUUGUCGGAUCUAGGCCGACAUCACCAGAGCUCGUUUGGCGUGUCUUCUGGCACCGUCUCCCCGGCUGUUUCGGCCUACUCCGUCCACACACCGCAAACGCACCUCUCCCCUUCCUUUUUUCUUGCAAACCGCAAUUCGCCCUAUCGACCUGUGCGUUCCGUAAAUACCUUGCUGAUUCCACCACCAUCGAGUUCCCUGCAACAGCAGCGCAGUGUUCCGUUCGAUCACAUGCAUUACCAACCGCUCGGAAAGGGUUCUACUCGCAAAACGGGCCUGCUACCUUACAUCCAACCUGAUGCGUGGAACCAAGCUCCUUACCUCCAUCCCCUCUACCCACCUACAAGCUAUGCUGGCUGA